AUGCCAAUCCAGACACUAGCUCAACAAUUCAAGGAGUCGUUAGAAAGGCAUGAACAAGAUCCGGGUCGCUCAGAGACGCCAGUAUCGUUGUACGACAAACGAAGGAACUUUUCGUACAAUGCCAAGUAUAAUAGGGUACCGCCCAAUGCAGAUGGAAGGAAGUUGUAUCAGGAGAUGCAAGCUAAGAGGGAGAAGGAAAGGGGCGUAAAGGAACAAUCCAUCAAAGAGAAAUUCGGGAUCAGUAUGAACGAUGUUGAAAGUACGAAGAAGAAUGAUAUUUGGAAUAAGAAUUAUGUGCAGAGGAGACCUACUACGUUAUCUUCCCAAGCUACUAGACAAACCCCCUCCUGGCUCAAAUUGGCAGCCGAAAAGAGCGAUGUGACAGGCUUGAUGGCUGCAUACGCAAGAAGACGUGAAGUCGAAUUGUCUAAGCCCCAAGAAGAUAACUAUAUAAGUGAAGCUUGUAGGAGAGGUGAUUCCUUCCAUGGCUUACCACCUGCACCGACUCCAAGUCCUUUACCACAACAAUCACCUUAUCGCCACUAUCGUGAACAUAACAUUGGAUACGGAGCUUCUAACCAAACUCGGACCGACGUUCAUCAGGGACAGCCAGAAGUUCUGCUUCACCCACCUCAGACUUAUCAGCAGCACCACUACCCGGAAAAUCAACAGCUCCUUCAUGUUCAUCAACCGAGAGCUCAUCCUACACCAUCUCAGCACGAUUCUGAUCUUAAUCAACAAAACUCCUUCUCGUUUCCACAUCAAUGUCCCCAUUAUAACAAUCAACUCGUCCUCAAUGAUCAACGAUACUAUUUUGACCAAAACACCGCCCGAUAUUCCGCUCUUCCUUCGACUUCCUAUUAUCCUGGUACAGCAUCGAAUAUUCUUGCUCAAUCCUGGCAGAACGGGGGAGAUAAAACCCUUCACUCCACGGAGUCCAUCAGCUCUUUCCAGCCAUUCGAUAUCUAUACCUCAGAUGCCACGUCGACCCCUCAACGCGACAAUAGGUUCUUGAAGGCACCACACUAUCCUUCUUCCGGAUCGUCACAUAGCCAACAACCCUUCUAUCCAGAAUAUGGAGGAUCUGCCCUUGAUCAUCGUCAUGGUGCGAAUUAUUCUAUACCUGAUUCUCUAUACAAAGCACAGCAAUAUCCCACCACAUCAAUGAACAUUCCGCAAUAUAAUCCAAUGUCCAAUCAAGAGCAGUAUUCGCAGAAAUCAUCCAUCCAGCAUUCUCACGAUCCGCAACCAGAUCGAACGGUUCUACUCAACGGUAACCCCUACUACCAGGCCUCUUUGACUUCUCAAAUCCUCACACCGAAGAACGGCGACCAACGCGUUCACGUCAGAUUCAGAUCUACACCCGAAGUUUUCCACUUACCUCCUCAACCAUAUGCUAAUCUUUCUGGCAAUAUCCAAGAUGGAUCAGGUAUGACGCCAAUUCCAAGUCAUCAGGUGCGACAGACCUAUCAAGAUAUCCAUUCUCGUCAUUCAGUUCCACUCGCUCAUCCUCAGCCGAGUCCUGGGUGGAUCGACAAUACUUCGACAAAUUGGUAUCAACCAGUAUCGGGUCCACUUCCUGUUCACGAACAAGCUGCCAACAUCAACUCUGCUCCGCCUGCUGGACUCCAAGAGGCUCAUGAGGAAAUCGUCCAGCUCAGAAAGGCGAAAAGGCAAAAGAAGUCAUCUCAGUCGGGCAAAGCUCAGAGAUUGAGUGAAAAAGUUGUGAAUGAUCUGGAGAGAAUAGCAGAUGGAACAGUCGAUGAGCUCGAUCUCCUUAGACCUGAAAUGCUGCGUCUGGACGAUCAGCCUCAAGGUGAUAGCUCGAUGGCUUCUGAUCAUACCCAUCUAUUGUCUCAUCCUCAAAACCCUCGAGAAAAAUACCAUCAUCGAUCUCCUCAUACGCAUGACGACCUGCGAAAUCAAGAAGUCCGCCACCGUUCUCGUUCCCACCACGAUGAUUACUACACUGACGAUACUGAGACAAACACUGAUGAUGACAGCUAUACUUCUGACAACUCUUUGUCAUCAACGGAAGACGAUGAUGCUUAUAUUCCUUCCGCCCAUUCUCACGGCUCUCGAGGAUCCUCCCAUUCUCACCGUUCUAUCUCCUCUAGUCACUCGCAAAGGAUCAAAGGAAGUACCAAGAGAAGACGAACAACAUCAAAAACCCACAGGAGAAAAUACGGAUCUCAACGACGUAAACGAGCUAGAUAUACUCAUCCUUCUUUUAUAAGAUACGAGAGGCUCGGGGAUACUACUGAGGAUAGCUCGGAUACUUCUGACCAAACUCAAGAGAGGUACGAUCCUGAUGUUGAUGUUGAUAAUGACGAAGAUAUGGAAGAGGAUCCACUUCCACCAAGACAGAAGGUACCUAGACCUGUUAAACCACUUUCUGCUAUUGCUGAUACCGUUCGACUGCCUCCUACUACUAAAACUUCCAAGCCAAAGUCUACCACAAGAGGACAGGCAAAUAUGAUGGCUCAGGUUAGAAAGGCUCGGGUGCCCAUUACUGACACAGGAAAGAGAAGAAAGAGGAACGUAAGGAUACCAUCGCCUGUUCAAACGGUGUUAGGAGAAGACAUUGAAGUGUUUUCUGACGACGAAGAUGAAGAACAAGAUGAUGACGAAGUGAUGCAAGAUGAUAUCGAUGAGAUACAAACUAAUAAAGUGAAAGCUAGAGGUAGAUGGUUGAGAGAUUAUGAGGAACGAGAUAGGUUAUCUACGGUCGAAGAGGAGAACGAAGAGCAGGAGGAUAAGACUGAGGCACAUGGUGGUGAUACUCAUAGGGAGUAUGAUGGUGUUCAAGUCGAUGAGAGGACUGAAGAAGAUAAGUUCUGGGGAGAUGGAGGUGAUUUAGGUUUUAAGAUCUGGAGAGAUGGUUAUUGA